CUUCUGUCUCUCUCCCUCUCUCUCUCUCUCUCUCUCUCUCUCUGCGUUUGAAUUAGAUUUUCCGAUCGGGCGAUUCUUUUCUAGUUCCAUCUCUUUCUUGUUGUUCGUCAAGGAGGUCAGUUUGGCGUAGCAUGGAACCGAAGGCUGGAGAAGAAGAAAGAAUAAUUUUGGCAACUGGAGCUGGCUGAAAGAGGAGAUGUUGAUCCAUAACGAUCUUAGGGCUUGGGUUAUCUUAAGGUCAAGGUGGGGCGUUUUAAGUCUUAAACAUUCAUCCUCUCGUCUUACGCAGCCUGUGAUAGGGAGAGAAAUGCAGCUGUGGGAAAAACACACUUAUGCCAAAAUUUGAAGGAGAAAAAUAUAGGGCUGUGCGUCUUGGUGUAGGAGGCUGAAAUGCAGGUGUGGGUCUCAAUUUCAUAGGCUAGAGCAGCAUUCAUGGCUCUCUGUUCAGCAGCGGUGGAGAUUGUGUGUGGGUCAUGGUCAGUUUGCACAGGCGGUGUGGUCACGGUACAGUGACUAAAUUGACGUGGGUGGCUGUUUUUCUUUGAGAUUUCACAGGGGGUAUUUGAUUGGAGCUCAAAUCAGUCAAGUUUUGAGGUUUUAAACAUUUCGCACCAUGACCAGCACUGAGGCAGGAGUGGGUCAGUCUACAGAACAAAAGAAGAGUGUCUCUGCCAACAAUGCAGCUCGGUCAUCUCCAUCCAUGUUUAGAAGAUGGGGUAGAAGACACCCAUUUAUCAGAUAUGGACUUCCAAUGAUCUCUCUCACUGUGCUUGGGGCAGUUGGUCUUGGUCAUCUCUUGCAAGGAAGUAAAGAUAUUGCAAAGGUGAAAGAUGAUCAAGAAUGGGAGAUCACUGAGAUGAGAAAAGCCCUAUCAAGAACGGGACCCAUUGACGCGUAUAAGCCGAAAAAUAUAUCGUUAGAAGAAGAACUGAGGGCUUUACAAGAGAAGGUAGACAUCAACAACUAUGAAUACAAGAGAAUUCCAAAGCCCACUGAUCGAACAUCCUGAAAUUUAGCCCUCCAAAAGUUGCACACAACACCUGUUAAGGUAUUUUGUUUCCUCACUUGUAAUUCCUUUUGAAGAUUAUGCCGAUAAAUCAAAUGAGCAGAAUGUUCCCUUUUUGAGUUUUGUUUCAA